UAACUAGUGACGACCGGCUAACUAGCUGCACUGCGGUGUGCUACUAGCUGUUACUGCACCCGGAUGCAUUUUCGAUAUCAUAGCUAGCUAUGUCGCAUAGUUUGGAGACCGCGUCUAUCCUGCACUUCCCAAUGAAAUCUGAUCUUUGUUUUUUCUGAAGAUUUUUUCUGAGGAAAAUAACAAUAAGGACAGAUGCUUUCAUGGGACUACAGAUGCCGAUGCCUUUGAUGGGAUUGUAUUGCAUGAAGCAUAAUGAGGGUGUAUUGAAAAACAGGACAGAACCUUAAUGUUAACAUUUGGAGGUGCUGAAUCUGCAUACUUUUGGGGGGAAGAAGAUCUGCAUAAAAUGAAGAUGGAGGAAACAUGCGUUGUUAGAAAGAAUAUAGUCCAUUUUUAACCUCAGGCCAAAUCUUAUUGGUCUUAAAUUGUGUAUUGGGAAACAGAUAUCAUAUAUCAAGAUGACUUCAGAAGGAUACCAGUACAGAGCACUGUAUGACUAUAAAAAGGAGAGGGAGGAGGACAUUGAUUUGCAUGUAGGUGAUAUACUUGUGGUGAGCAAGGGUGCUCUGCUGGCCCUAGGCUGCCCUAAUUGGGCUGAAGAAAAACCAGAUGAGAUUGGGUGGCUGCCAGGAUUCAAUGAGACAACUCAUGAAAAAGGUGACUUCCCCGGGACUUACGUUGAGUUUGUGGGAAGAAAAACAAUUUCACCACCAACACCAAAACCAAGGCCACCUAGGCCUCUUCCUUCCACAUCAGAUCUAGCCAGGACAGAUUCAGAAUCAGAGGGCUUCAUGUUGCCAGAUCUGCCAGAACAGUUUGCUCCUCCAGAGACGGCAUCACCCAUCCUGGUCAAGCUUCUGGAGGCAAUAGAAGGCAAAGGUUUGGAAUGUCCAACCCUUUAUAGAACUUUCACAGCAGCUUGUGGGCUGGAUAUGAGACAGUUCACUGACUGUGAUUUGGAGCCUUUGGACCUACAGUCGCUAUGUGAUGGCCUUUGGAGAUACCUGCAGGAUUUGCCUAAUCCAGUUGUUCCCACCUCUCUCCAAAGUGAGAUGAUUCAUGCAGCAAAGGAGGUAAAGGAUCCAAAGGACUGUGCCCAGUUGUUGCGCAGAAUAGCCAGCUCACCUACCCAUCCGCCCCAAUACUGCCUCACGUUCUACUGCCUCAUCAAACAUUUCUGCCGAAUUUCUCAGAACACCAGCAAAAACCAACUCUGUGUCAGAGACUUGGCGGAAAUCUUUAGCCCUGUGCUUUUCAGGCUUCAACCAGCAAGCUGUGAGGCCAGCCUGGAUUCCCUUAUCAAGAUUAUAGAGAUCUUGGUCAACAGUGAAUUGAGUGAAACCCAGGCUGCUCCAGCUUUGCCCCCGAAACCACCAAAGGCCACUACUCCAGUUCCAAACAACGGGUUCAACAACAACAUGGCCUUGCAAGACGGGGAGUGGUACUGGGGAGACAUCUCAAGGGAGGAGGUGAAUGAGAAGCUGAGAGACACAGCUGAUGGUACGUUUCUGGUCCGAGAUGCAUCCACCAAAAUGCAUGGAGACUACACACUGACUCUGAGGAAAGGAGGAAAUAACAAACUGAUCAAAAUAUUCCAUCGGGAUGGGAAAUACGGCUUCUCAGACCCACUGACAUUCAACUCGGUGGUUGAGCUCAUCAAUCACUACAGACACGAGUCCUUAGCCCAGUACAACCCAAAGCUGGACGUGAGACUGCUGUACCCAGUGUCAAGGCUCCAGCAGGACCAGGUUGUUAAAGAGGACAACAUUGAAGCUGUCGGUAAAAGGCUGCAGGAGUACCACCUGCAGUUCCAGGAGAAGAACCGAGAGUACGAUCGUCUGUACGAGGAGUAUACAAGAACAUCACAGGAAAUUCAAAUGAAGAGAACGGCCAUUGAGGCAUUCAAUGAAACCAUUAAGAUCUUUGAGGAGCAGUGCCAAACCCAAGAGCGCUAUAGCAAGGAGUACAUUGAAAAGUUCAGGAGAGAGGGUAACGAUAAAGAAAUCCAGAGAAUCAUGGGAAACUACGACAAACUGAAAUCGAGAAUAAGUGAGAUUGUGGACAGCAAACGGCAUCUGGAGGACGAUCUGAAAAAGCAAGCGGCGGAUUACAGGGAGAUCGAUAAGAAGAUGAACAGCAUCAAACCUGAUCUGAUUCAGCUCCGCAAGACCAGAGACCAAUACCUAAUGUGGCUGACACAAAAGGGAGUGAGGCAGAAGAAGCUGAAUGAAUGGUUGGGUAUCAAGAACGAAAACCCAGAGGAUGAGUACUCAAUGGUUGAAGACGACGAGGACCUCCCACAUCAUGAUGAACGUUCGUGGAGGCUAGGCAACAUCAACCGGCUGAAGGCAGAAGCUCUGCUCCGGGGGAAGAAGGACGGAACAUUCCUGGUCCGGGACAGUAGCAAAGCUGGCUGCUACGCCUGCAGUGUUGUUGUGGAGGGUGAGGUGAAGCAUUGCGUUAUCAACAAGAGUCAUACGGGCUAUGGAUUUGCAGAGCCGUAUAACCUGUAUGGCUCCCUAAAAGAACUAGUCCUGCACUACCACCACACGUCACUCGUACAGCACAAUGAUUCUUUAAAUGUCACGCUUGCCUACCCAGUUUACACACAGAAGAGGCGGUGAUGAACUCAUGGUGAGGACUUGGACUUCAUGAUGGACAAUCAAGAUGACUUCUUUGGAAAUGCAAAUGCCUAGGAUGGUAUCAAUUAAAUUAGGGAACCAUUGGUACAGGUAUUUGACAUUUUGGAAAUUUCAAAAAUCAGGAGAUGGUCCUCGUUUAAACUUUUUUUUUAUAUAUAUAUAGCUUUUUCCUUUGGAUAGCCAUGAUUACGUAUGUGUGAGUGAACAUGGUAUGUGCAGUCAAGCCUACUAAUUGAAAAAAGGAGGAGAGACUUGAAGCAGCAGGUUUUUCAGACACAGAUUAAGCCUGGUCCUGGGCUAAAAUGCAUGGUCAAUGGAAAGUCUCCAUUGAAAUGGCUUUUUAGUCCCGGACUAGGCUUAAUCUGUGUCUGGGAAACAGCAUUUUCAGUGUUUGCAUUAAACUGAAAUGUUUGGCUUUCAAUACCAAAAUCUUCAUUCAACAUCCUGACACUGUCAAGUGUAAGUUUUUGUUGUGCUAUGCAAUGCUGUCUGCGUCCUCAGAAUUAAUAUGUACCCUAAAUAUAUUUGUAUUUUUUUUGUCAUGAUUAUUGGCCAUCAAUGUAGGCUACCAAUUAGCUAGACAUGGUGUGGGACAUUUUUCAUUCUCUACUUCUACACACAAUACUUAUUUGGUUUACACUUUGUCUGUAAAAUGUUAAAAGCAUUCACAUUAGAGUCAUUUUAAAUGUAUUCAAAAAUAUAUACAGACACACACAGUACCAGUCAAAAAUCUGGACACCUACUCAUUCUUUAUUUUUUACUAUUUUCUGUAGAAUAAUAGGGAAGACAUCAAAAUUAUGAAAUAACACAUGGAAUCAUGUAAUAACCAAAAAAAGUGUUUGAAGAAUCUAAAAUAUAUUUUAGAUUCUUCAAAGUAGCCACCCUUUGCCUUGAUGAAAGCUUUGCACACUCUUGGCAUUCUCUCAGCCAGCUUCACUUGGAAUGCUUUUCCAGCAUUCUUGAAGGAGUUCCCACAUAUGCUGAGCACUUGGCUGCUUUUCCUUCAUUCUGCGGUCCAACUCAUCCCAAACCAUCUCAAUUGGGUUGAGGUUGGGUGAUUGUGGAGGCCAGGUCAUCUAAUGCAGCACUCCAUCACCCUCCUUUUUAGGGGCGGCAGGUAGCCUAGUGGUUAGAGUGUUGGGCCCGUAACCGGAAGGUUGCUGGAUCGAAUCCCUGAGCUGACAUGGUAAAAAUCUGUCGUUCUGCCCCUGAGCGAGACGUGGAUGUCGAUUUAAGGCAGCCCCCUGCGCCUCUCUGAUUCAGAGGGGCUGGGUUAAAUGUGGAAGACACAUUUCAGUUGAAUACAUUCAGUUGGACAACUGACUAGGUAUCUCCCUUUCCUUCUUGAUCACAUAGCCCUUACACAGCCACGCGGUGUGUUGGGUCGUUGUCCUGUUGAAAAACAAAUGAUAGUCCCACUUAGCACAAACCAGAUGGGAUGGCGUAUCGCUGCAGAAUGCUGUGGUGUGCCUUGAAUUCUAAAUAAAUCACUGACAGUGUCACCAGCAAAGCACCAUCACACCUCCUCCCCCAUGCUUCAUGAUGGGAACCACACAUGCAGAGAUCCGUUCACCUGCGGUUGGAACCAAAAAGCUAAAAUUCGGACUCAUCAGAUCAAAGAACAGAUUUCCACCGAUCUAAUGUAAUUGCUUGUAUUUCUUGGUCCAAGCAAGUCUCAUCUUCUUAUUGAUGUCCUUUGGUAGUGGUUUCUUUGCAGCAAUUUGACCAUGAAGGCCUGAUUCACACAGUUUCCUCUGAACAGUUGAUGUUGAGAUGUGUCUGUUACUUGAACUCUUUCAAGAAUUAAAUAGGGCUGCACUCUGACUAAUGAAUUUACCCUCUGCAGCAGAGGUAACUGUGGGUCUUACUUUCCUGUGGCGGUCCUCAUGAGAGACAGUUUCAUCAUAGCACUUGAUGGUUUUUGCGACUGAACUUGAAGAAAUGUUCCGCAUUGACUGACCAUGUCUUAAAAUAAUGAUGGACUGUCGUUUCUCUUUGUUUAUUUGAGCUGUUCUUGCCAUAAUAUGGACUUGGGUCUUUUACCAAAUAGGGCUGUUUUCUGUAUACGACCCCUACCUUGUCACAACACAACUGAUUGGCUCAAACACGUUAAGAUGGAAAGAAAUUCCACAAAUUAACUUAACAAGGCACAGCUGUUCAUUGUAAUGCAUUCCAGGUGACUACCUCAUGAAGCUCGUUAAGAGAAUGCCAAGAGUGUGCAAAGCUGUCAGAGGCAAAGGGUGGCUACUUUGAAAAAUCCCAAAUAUAAAAUAUUUGGAGGUGUUUAACACUUUUUUUGCUUACUACAUGAUUCCAUGUGUUAUUUCAUAGUUUGUCUAAGCUAUUGUUCUACAAUGCAGAAAAUAGUUCAAAUAAAAACCCUUGAAUGAGUAGCUGUGUCCAAACUUUUGACUGGUAUGCAUAUAUAUAUAUAUAUAUAUUUGGUUUUAUUUAUUUCCUUUUGACUCAGAAACCUUGUGCAAAGAUGAUUUGUUUCUCUAAUUUUAUGUUGUGUUAUUACGUUACUGAUAUUCCCUAUCGUGAAUGCAUAUAAACCACCCUAUUUCCUCAUAGAAAGGCCAGUGAAGUAUUUGGUGUCCCUGAGUGAAAAUGUCAUUCCUUGAUUCUGUAUUUUCUGUAUCAGAAAAUCUUUACUUUGAAUUCUUUAGUUGCAACUUAAAUCUUUUUUCUUCUUGUGUAAUUCAUGCCAUGCCUGACUUGAUAUGACAUAGUGAACAUUAAAGCACCAAAUUCAUGAAAUAUCA